CAUCAAUUCCUGCUACACAUUGUUUCUGAGAAAUGUCACAACAGAAUGCGCUUCUGUGUGUGUUUUCUGUCGUUUUAAGCCUUUGCUUUGUUGGGAAUGCUAGUAUUGUGUAAUCACCGGCGUUAAACCUCGGCUUUUACCAUUUACACCGGUUUUUGUUGAAAUUUCCAUGGCUGAAUUGAGGGGACUGAGUUGCUCUGUGUGUUACAACGACUUCAAGUCAGAUGAAGUGCAGUUCGUUCCCAGAAAUCUAAUCUGCGGACACACAUACUGUACAGGAUGUUUGAACAAGUUAGCUUUUCAAGCCCGAAAUCCUGGUACAAUCUGUUGUCCAACAUGUAAAAUCGAGACCACUUUGUUUCCAAGGACUUUUGAGUCUGUGAGAAAUCUACCUAAAAACUUUGGAGUGCUUGAGAUUCUUGAAGGGAAAGAAGAAGCUCAAACUGAUGGAAUAUCAAAGGAGAAGGAGAAUAAUAAAUAUCUCUGUCCAGAACACGACGAAGCUCUGAAGGUUUACUGUCAUACUGAUAAUUGUCUUAUCUGCAUUUACUGCCAGGUGUAUGGCAAGCACAUGGGACACAAAUGUGAACUUGCCACCAGCAUUGCUACAACAACUCGUGAAGAGCUUCGCAGCUUGUCCAAGAAAUUGGGUGAUCAUUAUGAUACAGUGAAGAAAGCUAGAAGAAACGUGAUUGAUGCAAGGGAGUCCAUACUGAACACUCAGCUGUAUUUGCGAGACAGGAUUAUGAAACAUAUGGGAGUGCUGCGAGCUUGCAUGAGUCGACGAGAAACUGUGCUGAAGUGUGACGUUGAUGACAGGACGAAACAGAAGAUCAAACCUUUGGAUGAACAAGAGAGCAUGAUGACCGAAAUUGUGAAUAAGUGUGAAACAGCAUAUUCUCUGAUCCAGAAAUGUCAGAAUAAUGACAGUGCUUUAGUGGAUGAGAAGCGCCGUAUCUAUGGACUUGUUGAUGAAGUUUGUGAUCUGAUGGAAAAGGUUGUAUUGGAGCCCAAGGAAACAAGCAAUCUAACUUAUUACUUUGAGUAUGAUAUCACUUGCAUUCUGGAGACACAGAUUGGGGAAAUCAGAGUCCUAAAGCCAGGCCAGAAAGAGGAGCCUCUGGCUGGGCUGAACAAACAUGAACUGUCAGGGAAAAAAGAAAUGUAUGAUGCUGAGACACAGACAGAAGAUCUUCAGGAAAAUGGUGAAAACCCCCUGUUUCACAGCCUAUUGCAAGGAUUGGAGGAAAUUGUUCACACACGUUUGACGCAACCAAGAUGGGAUGAAAGUCCAGCUCCUGGGUUACCUGUGUUCGAACCUGAAAGUCCUGACCACAGUAGCUCAGAGUCAGGUCUAAAUGAGUUGGGUGGGACCUCAGACCAUUCAGAUGCAGAGGAAAUAGAGAGUGAUACUGAGCUUGAGGGAGCAGUGGGUGGGGAGACUUUGCCUAGCAGCCACAGUGAAGAAUUGAGAGAUUCAAAAAAUUCAGAAGAGAACCAAACAAGUUUGCUUGAUGAAUUACAGGAUGAAAUUGAUAGACUUCGACUUCUCAGGCCCAAUGGUGAUGUAGUUUCCCUGAGAAAUGGAGGUGCUGGAGUAAAUACUGAUACAACAAAUUCAGAAGGUGUUGAUACUGACAACAGGAGACAAUCAACUUCAAGUGAUGAAUGGAGUUUAACGCCCCCAGCAAAUCAGGGGGGACCUCUCAGCUUAGACAGCACCUUACUUCUCCCUGGGCAAAGACUGAUGUCCACCGAUGGGUUUAGAAGUCUGGACAGUCAGCAGUGUGUUACUAGGGACAGAACUCAUUGUUUUGCUGCCGACUGUCAGAACCCCCCUACAGCACGUGCAUCAAAAAGGUGCCUACACUGUCGGCAUUUUUACUGUGCAACUUGUGCAUCCUUGUCACUCAUGUGCCCAGAGAGUCCAAGUGGACAUCGAUUUGUGUCAAGCAUGCUUACAACCAGGGGUAGAGAACAACCAAGGACUACUAGCAGGGUAAGGAAAAGGAAGCCAAAGAAAGAGGAAGGCCCCCCCUGGGAAUGCAAGC